AUGGGAACCAACCCUGCCGCAACCGUCGCGACCUCUAUGAUAAACACGUUUCAAUCAAUCAGGUUCGGGCUUAUGGUGGGGAUUGGCGGCGGAAUUCCGCCAAAAGUCAAUCUGGGUGAUGUUGUGGUCAGUCAACCUGUUGCUGACUAUCAUGGGGUUAUUCAAUGGGAUAUGGGGAAGCUGGAAUGGGAUGGGCGGUUUGUCCGCACGGGCUCGCUGAAUCGACCCCCGAACACGCCACUCAACGCGUCGAACCUGCUAAAAAGUAACCAUGAGAUGUACGGAUCACAGAUAAAUGAGUAUCUGGAUGACGUGGAAAAGAGAUUCCCGCGGCUAACGCCAAGAUAUACGAGGUGUGAGGCCUUCCAGGACCCAUUAUUGGUAUCCGAGAUAUCCCAGACGCCGAGGGAAGUCUAUUUCCUGUCUUGGUUGUGGCAGGCGAUCAUUGCAAGUAUCGCAUAUCUUCUUGGUUCAUGGGCCAUUAAUUCGGUAAAAUCGGAGAAGGUGCGGUUAACAGAUAAGGCAGAGGGUGCAAGGGCCCCAAGAGAAGUCAGGGUUCACUAUGGCCUGAUCGCAUCCGGGAAUAAAGUGGUUAAGGAUUCACAAUCGCGAGACCUCCUUGACAAAUUAUUUGGCGGGCACUUGCUAUGCGUGGAGAUGGAGGCAGCUGGCCUCAUGAACGAUUUCCCAUGUAUUGUUAUCCGAGGCAUUUGUGACUAUGCGGACUCGGGAAAAGAGAAGGCCUGGCAAGAAUAUGCUGCAGCCGUGGCCGCUGCCUACGCAAAGGAACUUCUCGGAUGUGUGCAGCCCAGUGAUGUUGAUGCCGAGGAUCCAGCAAAGGCCAUAUUGGAAAAGGUCCAAGAACAGAUUGAAUGCGUACAGCAGACAACAGCUGCAACAAGGGUCACUACUGAUUCCAUCAGAUCUGACCUUCAUACCAAUAAGAUCAAGCGCUGGCUUUGUCCCCCGGAUCCAUCUUCAAACGCCAGCCAUGCCAGGGAGCUCCGUCAUGAGGGGAGCGUGUGGCUGCUCGAAUCCCCCGUUUUCCAAGCGUGGCACUCGGGAUCACGUCGACAGUUAUGGCUGCACGGGCUCGCGGGGUGUGGAAAGUCGGUUCUUAGUACGACUGUGCUUGAUCAUCUCGCGAAAAGAGACGACAAUCUUAUCCUCAGCUUCUUCUUUGACUUUAGUGACGUCGCAAAACAGACAUUGGAAGGCAUGCUGCGCUCGCUGGCUUUCCAACUUUACGACGGCGAGGUGGAGUCUGCUAAUCAUCUCGAUACUUUGUUCCAGGCACACCGAAAUGGCAGCGACCAACCUACGACCAAGGUGCUCUGGAGUAUUGUUUUCAGGAUGCUCGUCGCCCAGAGGAAGGUCUAUAUUGUUCUGGACGCAUUGGAUGAAUCGAAAACAAGGGAAGAUGUGCUCGAGUGGAUCAGGGAUAUGGUGUCCAGGCCAGAGUUGGUCCAUGUUCAGUUGCUUCUUACCGGUCGACCCGAAUCCGAGUUUCUGCGCGACAUUCCCCCCUUAAUAGGAAAGGAAAACAGUCUGGGACUUGAUAAGAAAGCCGUCAACUCCGAUAUCCGAUCGUGGGUCACAGCACAACUUUCUCAACGGCGUGAUUUUACAGAGAAGCCCUUGUCCCAGAAUGUUCUAGAAGGGAUCCGGACAAAGGUUGGCGAUGGCGCCGACGGGAUGUUUCGAUGGGCAUUCUGUCAAUUGGAUACCUUGGCUCGAUGUCCUCACGAGGAAGCUAUGGAGGAGGCUCUUCAAUCUUUGCCGCGGGAUCUCGAUAAGACAUACGAGCGCAUGUUUGAAAACAUACCAACGAAGCUAAAAAACGACGCUAUACGCCUUCUACAAUUCCUAGUGCACUCCAAGCGACCUCUGACAUUAGCUGAAGUUAAAGAAGUUAUAGCGACAAAGAUUGAGUACGACUCGCGAGGCUUUUACAUGAAACGUCGAUUAUUUUGCGAGACUGAUAUUUUGGCAUACUGUCCUAGCUUAGUGACAGUCGUUCAGGCCGAUGUUAAAGAGUUACAUCUUGCCCAUUUUUCUGUGAAAGAGUAUCUUCUGGAACAUGAUUAUUUCAGGGCUAUGACUGCCAGCGUUUCCAUCACGAUGACAUGCUUGACAUAUCUUACGGAUAUAGACGGCAGCGAAAGGGAGAUGAAGGAGCAUUUUCCGAUGGCAAGAUAUGCGGCUGAAAAUUGGACAUCCCAUGCUGCGUCGACUCAGACCGACGGAGAGAUUAUGGGAAUAACAUCAACGUGA